GUAGAAGUAAACGUGAAAAAAGAUCCAAAACACCCUUUUUCAUUCUUUUCAAUUUAAAAUCUAUAUAAUAAAAACUGGCCUAAUAUACCUAGUUGUUAGAAAUGAAACCUAAGUGAUGUUUAGUUGAUCAUCUAUGUUUGUUGUGAAUUAAAUUUAUAUUUCGUCUUUGAAUUCCCAGAGAAACAAAAUUUCAUCCAUGAAAAAAAGUUUAUUUCGUCGUUGUUGUGAAAAAAUCUUUUUUCCCUCUUUAGAAUGGGUUGCAUUACAAGCAAAACUGUAAUAAGCGAGAAUCCCAAUCGCUUUGAUGUUAUUUUUGCUGAUACAGAGCAGACAAUUUACUAUAAUGCCCAAUUAGAAAUUAAUGGAAGCGAUAUUAUAUUGUAUCGUAAGAAUAAGCCUCCUCUUUCAUGGCCGCUUGGAUCACUACGUAGAUAUGGGUUUGAUGCUAAUUUCUUCACAUUCGAAUCUGGAAGAAGAUGUGAAACUGGAGAAGGAAUCUUUAGUUUUAAAUGCCAACGAGCCGAUGUUCUUUUCAACACACUUCAAUCCUAUAUCAAUGGUCGCGCAUAUAAUACAGAUGACACUAAUUUACACGAUUUCGCUGUGCCUAAUGCAUUAAACAGAAAUAUUGCCCAGCUUAACAGUCUAAACAUGGCGGGAACGCUUCACACAUCUACCCAAGGAAGUUCUUAUAUCGUUAAUGCACGACCGAACAGCUCCUUGAGUCCCGCAGGUACGAACUCGCUACAAAGUCGAAGUACAGACACGUUAACUGCUGAUUAUCUUGAACCAAAUCCUAAUCGUGCCAUAAAUACUCACGUCGCACGACUUUCAGCUAAUAUGCGAUUGAAUUCAUUUGGUUCAGGUGGACCGAUUUCUCCAUCUUCUCCCGGUUCACCAAAUAGUUACACAAAUAUUCUCGAAAUAACAAAUUUAAAUCCUAUACCUCAACAACAGUCGCAUGGAAAUAUUUAUCAAGAUUACCCAACAUCGACAAUGAAUUUACAGAAACCUACAAAGUUCUCUUUGGAUGUGGCUCCUCAAGAGUUGGCACCUGUUAUGAAUCAACUCAAAGUGACGAAGAAAGAUCCCAGUAAAAAUGUUUAUAUGAAUGCAGAAAUAGGAAAGAAAAUCAAGGACUCAGAAGUGAAGCCGACAUUAAGAGCAACAUUGGCAGAAAUGGAAAGUCUUGAAGUCGAUCCUGACGUACCAUCACCUGACUCAGUAAAAGGUGCAGCUGCUGUUUACAUGAAUGUCGAGAUUGGUGAUGAGAAAUCGGUUGGAACACCUCCAGGCUUUGUCGAAGGAGUUAAAGAUAAUCAACCACCAAUUGUAACAACACCACCAGUUCUGACGAACAAUUUAAAUUCAAAAAUGAAUGACAUAAAGAAAGAUUACACAAAGAACGUUGGAAAUGGAAAUAUCUUUGGAUUCUCUCGUGCAAGCUCAUUUUCUCAAGAUCCAUCUCGAUGCUAUGAAAACUUAGACAUCAGCCUUUCUGAAAUGAAAACUUUAAUGAUUCGAAAUCGAUAUUCCCGACCUGAAAUCUUUUCUAAAGUAGAUUUACCAUUAAUUGAUCGGACCGAUAAAUCUGAACCGUGUACACCUACUCAAAGAAAAGUCAACUACAUAGUAUUAGAUCUCGAUCAGCCACAAUCAACAAUAAUGAAUAAUAACAAUAAUAACUUCAAUGACAUCAAUUUAAGCUCGAGUGGAAACAACAAUGGAAGUGAAAACAAUUUUAAUGACACGCAAAGUCAUAUGGUGACGUCAACAUCCAUACAAAAUAGUUUAUUGGCUCCUGAAAGUCCUAAGAAGCUUGGGUAUGCAACAAUUGACUUCAAUCGAUCAACAGCUUUAAGUAACAUUCUCUCGAAUAAUCCAAUCCUUGAUUUCGAUCAAAGCAGCAGAAAAACACGUCACGAUUCGAACGUGAUACCAGUUGUACUGACAAUGAAGCACAGCAACUCAAUCAGUGACUAAAUUGUGAGUAAAUUUGAAAGCAUAAGAUUAUUUUUAGCUUUAGAAAUGGUGGCGAUGCUUUGAAUUGAAGAAUUGUUAAGAAAUUUCUUUCUUUAAAGUCUUAAAAGAUUGUGAACUUUUUAAUAAAUCUUCACAAUAGCACAACCUUCUAGAUAUAUUAAAUAAAUAAUAAUAUCCUUGUAAUUCAUAGCCAGAGGAAUACUAAGUUAAAGAUUUUAUAUUAGAAAACAUCCAAAGUAGCUCAAUAUUGCCCAAUCAUAAAAAGAAAUAACAAAAAUGAAAACAUAACACUUUAAAGACAUCGAAAUACAAAACAAAUAACAAAUCGGAAAUUUUUCCAGUUACAAACCAGUGAAGCUUUUUUUUUUGAUAAAUCUAAUAAAUUAGAGAAAUAGAAUGAAAUUGAAAUAAAUAAAUAAAUCUUAUAAAGAAACAAAAACGUGAAAUUGCCAAAAAAAUUCAUGAUACAUAUAAAAAUACUUGUAAAAAUAUAUAACAAAGAAGUGAAAAGAAAAGAAUUGUGAUUUGUUAAAUGUAUAAAGAUAGAGUCAAUGUUGAUUAAUUGAUACCAAAGUGAAUGUUUAUCUCAAAAAGAAAUAAGAAAAACAGUGAAAAGAGGAAUUAAAGGAAAUAUUUUAAGUCCCUUAUUCCCUCGCAAAAAAAGGGAAAUUGAAGAAGGAAAGAUAUAAACAAAAUAGCUUUAUGAUGGUUUCUCGAACAUGAGAAGCCAUGUCAUUAAUUUUGUUGCCACAAACCACAGAUAAAUUAAAUUUAUAAGAGAAAGUAAUUUAUACUGCAUGAGAUCUAACUAACUAGCGAAAUUGAAUGACAAUUGAACUAGAACAAAAUGAUUUUCAUGAGAAAGUGUCAAAUUAUCAAGCGUAGUGCAUACAUUAAUCGGUACAGCCAAAGCUAUUAUCGUUAAAAUUUAAGUCAAAUAAAUAAAAGAAAGAAAGAAAGUAAUGUAAAAGAUUAAAGAUUAUAUUGUCGUCAAACUUCGUAAAAAAGAUUUUAUAAAAUAUUUUAUUUUAAGAUAAUGAAAAAUAAAAUACAUUUCAAAU